GCGAUAAACUUGUCAAAUUUAGAUUCCAGCAAGGAUCACGCGGCAAUAAUAAACUAUUGUAACACACAUAUUAUAACGAGGUCAUCAGCAAAAUACGAUAUAUCACGUAUAUCAAAUAAAUCUACUGCUGAUUAGAUCUCUAUAUAUAAAUGUGGAUUUCAAAAAAAAAAUUUAAACCAGUGACUGACUAGCUAGCAAAUAUGACGUUUGAUGAAAUAUUGGUAUUAUUAGGAGAGUUUGGCUCCUACCAGAAAAGGGUCUACUUCCUCGUGGGUCUUCCUGCCAUUAACGCAGGGGUUUUUAUGAUGAACAACGUAUUCCUGCUAGGAAAUCCAGAUCACAGAUGUGCUAUUCCAGGAUUUGAUAAUGACACAUAUACUGUACAAAACCAAGACCAUGCUGUUAUAAUAAACAUGACAAUCCCGCCCCCGGAUGAUGAUAACUUUAAAUACAACGAGUGUUACUUGUACCCGUUCUCGCCGAACUCAAGUUACAUAUAUGAUAACUACAGUCGACCUAUCAACGCUUCUACACAUAAAUGCGACAAAUGGGUGUACGAUAGGACAGUCUUUCAUGAAAAUGUUGUGACCGAGAUGUCAGUGGUGUGUGAUAAGGAAUAUCUGCAGUCUAUAGCUAAAGUGACUUUCUUCAUUGGAGUUCUGUUCGGGGAUUUUAUCUUUGGGAUGCUUUCUGACAGACGUGGAAGAAUAUUGGCAUUCUACCUUUCUAUACAACUUCUUCUCGUCUCCACCAUCGUGUUAUACUGGGUGGACAACUUCGCUGAAUAUUUGGUAGUCAGGUUUUUUACCGGAGCUGGAUGUGCUGGUAUCUUCCUUGUCGGCUUCGUCAUAGCAAUGGAAAUGGUUGGACCGAAUAAACGAUUGUGGGCGGGAGUAUUCUGGCAGGUAUGGUUUGCCAUUGGACUAAUUAUAUUAUCAGGCGUGGCUUAUCUGGUUAGGGAUUGGAGGACACUUCAGAUUAUAAUGGCAGUUCCCAUAGCUUUAUAUCUGCCAUAUUACUGGUUGUUACUUGAAUCGUCAAGAUGGCUUUUGUCUCAAGGAAGGGCAGAGGAUGCUGAAAAGAUUUUACGUAAAGCAGCUAAAGUGAAUAAAGUGACUCUCCCUGAUGAUUUCCUAGAUCAGUGUGACCCGGGUAAUGACACGGAACGAAUAUGGCAUUUAUUCCGGUCAAGAAAAUUAGCUAUCAGAACUUUGAUAAUAUUUUACAAUUGGGUAGUGAUAGCAACAGUAUAUUAUGGACUUUCGCUCAAUACCGGCAACCUCGGUGGAGAUUUCUACCUCAAUUUUCUGCUACAGGGAUUGUCGGAAUUUCCCGCUUAUAUCAUUUGCUUGUACUUCUUCGACCGUCUGGGAAGAAAAAGACUCCUUCUUGGAUUUUAUUUUAUGGGUGGAUUGUCGUGUAUUGCAACUCUCUUUACAAGGAUAUACGGAGGAGAAAAAUUAGAGGCAGCCACCAUUGCACUGGCAAUGAUCGGCAAAAUGUGUGUGUCAGGUACUUUUACAGUGAUUUACGUUUUCUCCGCGGAACUAUAUCCUACUGUAGUGAGGAAUUCUGGGAUAGGAACCAGUUCAUGUUUGUCACGGUUUGGUGUUAUAUGUGCUCCUUACAUAGCUGGGUUGAAUACUGUAAUAAAAGGUGAUUUGGGGCGUGCGUUGCCAUUGGUUAUAUUUGGGUCACUCAGUCUUUCUGCUGGCAUUCUAUCUUUACGACUACCGGAAACAGCCCAUACACGUCUACCGGAAACAAUAGAUGAUGCUGAAAACUUUCCAAGUUGCAUAAAAAUGAAAUUUGAUGAAGUUUUGACAGAAAUUGGUGAAUUUGGGACAUAUCAGAAAGUACUUUACUUUCUAGUUUGCUUGCCGACUAUAAACUGUGGAAUAUUUAUGCUAAUUUCGGUUUUUGUAUUAGGAAAUCCCCAUCACAGAUGCGCAAUACCAGGUUACGACAACGACACAUAUGCCGUCCAAAGUCAAGGACACUCUGUUUUAAUAAACAAAACAAUUCCCCAGUCAGAUGAUGACGAUAUUAAAUACGACAAAUGUCACAUUUUCCCCAGAAAUUUUAGUAACUAUGACAACAACAGUCAUCCAAUCAACGCUGAUAAGUAUGAGUGUGAGAAAUGGGUUUAUGAUAAAACAGAAUUUGAAGAAACUCUUGUUACAGAGCUAGAUCUUGUUUGUGAUGAUUUGGUUCUCCAGUCAGUGGCCAAGAUGAUGUUCUUUGGCGGAGUCAUGGUUGGCUCAUUUGUAUUUGGACUCUUAUCUGACAAGAUCGGCAGAAAGAAGACUUUGUAUAUCUCCUUUAUAUUGAUAUUAGUUUCAAGUGUGACACUUUACUGGGCCGAAUCAUUGGAAGUUUACAUCUUUUUGCGAUUUCUAGUGGGAGCUGCUUGUUCAGGGAUUUUCCUGACGUCAUAUGUCAUAGGAAUGGAAAUGGUUGGACCAUCAAUGCGGUUGUGGGCGGGGACCCUCAUCCAUGCGUUUUUUGCUACUGGUCAGGUUAUUUUAGCGGGUGUGGCUUAUUACGUUCGUGACUGGAGACGGUUACAACUAUACCUGGCAAUACCAAAUGUUAUCUACCUGUCUUAUUAUUGGCUGAUUCCUGAAUCUCCCAGAUGGCUUUUGGCGAAUGGAAGACGGAAAGAGGCAGAAGUUGUGUUACGUAAAGCUGCUAAAGUGAAUAAGGUCUCUCUUAGAGAAGGAAGUUUUUUGGACGAUAAUGACAUGGCGGCAGCAACUGGAAAAGUUUGGCAUUUGUUUCGGUCAAAAGUUAUGACAAUUCGGACAUUAGUCAUAUUUUUUAACUGGAUGGUUGUUGCAAUGGUAUAUUAUGGGUUAUCAUUAAACGCGGCCAACCUUGGUAUUAAUGUUUAUCUCGACUUUCUGUUGCUGGGUCUCUGCGAGUUUCCUGCAUGUGUUCUUUGUAUUUUACUCUUCAACCGACUAGGACGUAAAAAACUACAUUUCAUGUUCAUGGUGGUAGGUGGUCUCGCCUGUAUUGCUACUGUAAUCACGAAAGAUUCCGAAAGCACAACAAUAGCCCUUGCUUUGAUCGGAAAAACCGGGGCAUCAGGAGCAUUCGCUUCCAUUUAUGUAUUUUCUGCCGAACUUUAUCCAACCACUGUACGGAAUGCUGGAAUCGGAGCUAGCUCUUGUGCAGCACGCAUAGGUGCGAUGGCGGCACCGUACAUAGCAGAUAUUAAUCAAUUACUAAACAGCGAUUUAGGAGAAGCACUACCAAUGGUUAUAUUUGGAUGUGCAAGUCUUGUUGCGGGUUUAUUAACAUUACUAUUACCAGAAACUGUAAACAGACACCUGCCGGAGACCAUUGAAGACGCUGAACGUUUCCAUCUAGUUGUAUCAGUCCAUGAAGAAAAGAAACCACUACUAGAAUGAUGUAUGGAA